UCAUUUAUGUGGAUCUUUAUGGAUUUUCCAUAUUUGCUUCAAAAGUAUAUUCCUUUCUUUCCCUGCAUAUAUGCUUCCCUUGUAAAUGCAGGCAAGUAUAUUUUAUACCGUUUGCAGAUUUUUGUAUAUAUAAGAUCAGAGAAUUGAAGCCCAUUUGUUUGGUGCUUAUUUUAUGUUUUCUUGAGAUCUGAGCAGCACUACCAAUUGAAUUAAGUAUUGGAUUAAAUGGAUCCAAGUAUGUAUAAAGCGGCAGUGAAAGGAAAAGCAGAAGAUUGGUUUAUUCUUCAGCAAAAGGCAUGGGAGUUUAAGAGCAAUGUGACCCCAAAGGGAAACACUGUGUUGCACAUUGCAGCUCGCCAUGGUCACACCUAUCUGGUGCAGAAAAUUUUGGAAGUAUGUGAUGAUGCCUUGUUGUGUGCCCAGAACAAGAAAAACGAAACUGCCCUUCACAUUGCUGCUAAAGAAGGCCACACCCACGUAGUCUCUGCGCUCAUCCGCUAUGCCAAAACAAGGCCAGAGCUUGAAUCAGGGAUUGCAGUGAGGGAGAUGCUGAGAAUGAGUAACAGUGAUGGUGACACUGCUUUGCACAUGGCUGCCCUGGGAGGCCAUCGUGGUGUUGUCAAACAGCGUGGUGUUGUCAAAGAGUUGGCAACAGAGGACGAUGAAUUUGAAUUCCCCGGCAACAAGAUGGGAGAGACGCCUCUUUACCUAGCAGCCCUGCUCAACUUUCAUGAUUGUUUGUCAGAUAUGUUGAACAUUGGCAGGAAGCCAGCUUAUGGGGGACCUCUUGGCCGCACAGCUCUUCACGCAGCAGUAAUUUCUAAAUCAACAGAUUGUGUGAAAGCAUUGUUAGCAAAGGAGAGUGGUUUAGGUGAGGUGGGUGAUAUAUAUGGUUGGACACCACUACAUUAUGCUGCAAAAUUUUGUGAUGAUGAGGGAAUAAUUGUGGGUGAGAUUGUUGGGGUAAAGAGUUCCCUUGCAUACCUUCCAGCACCUUGCAAAGACCACAGUGGGUGGACAACAGCAUUUCACAUUGCAGCAGCAACUGGAGGUAUUAAAGCAAUGGAAGCCAUAUUGAAGCAGUGCCCCGACGCCUGGGAUAUGGUAGAUAGCAAAGGCCGGAACGCCCUCCAUGAAGCUGUUGCGAAUAACAGAAAAGAUGUGACCGAUUAUAUCCUCCUAAAUAUGGAUCACCUCAUUGACGAGAAAGAUGAUGAUGGCAACACACCUCUACAGUAUGCAGCUGGUGCUACUAAUAAUAAUUAUAAUUAUUAUGAGCGUUGGUAUGGGCUAGGAUUCCAUUUGCAUCCCAGAGCAGAGCCAUUAUUCAGGUUGGGGUUUAGUAAACUUCUCACCACUCCAUGGGAGGAGGAAAGUAGUGUUAUUAAAAAUGGCAGCCGUGGUGUAGUGCACCAGAAACGAAAGAAAGCUGCUGCUGAUGAUGCUAAUGCAAUUAUUGGUGGUAUGGCGAAGUCAGCUAAAUCAGAAAUAAUAGUGGCGGCUCUGAUAGCAACCGUAACCUUUGCAGCUGCUCUUACAGUGCCCAGUGGCUACGAUGAUGAUAACGGUCCAGGAUCCGGAGGAGGAGGAGGAUCAGGGAUGGCAGUUCUAAGAAGAAAAGCAGGUUUUUGGACUUUUGUCAUUGCAGAUACUGUUGCAUUUGCAUGCGCUUUUGCUGCACUAUGUGGAUACGUACUAUUGCUGCAAUCAAGAGCAUUAGGGUGGUGGAGAUGGAUACCCAUUCUUAUGCAUAAUGCGUGCGGGGUGGCCGUCGUAGUGGCGUUCGUCAGUGGGCUGUACACUGUUUUAGUACCUUCAACCACCCUGAAAUCGGUUGGCCUCUGUGUUUGUAUUUGUGUGUGCAUCAUUGGCUUUACCCGCUUCUUUUCCCAUUACAUGGAUAACAUUGCAAAAGAAGAAGAUCAGAGGAGCAAUGGCCGAUCAUUUAGGGGGCGUUUCGCAUUGAUGUUUUCUUGUUUCACUUUGUACCCCUAGAAUGGAUUAGACAAACUCAAUAACUGGGUAAUUAUAAUUCAAAAAUUAUAUAUAUUCUAGAAUUACAAAAA